UAUACCAAACCACUAUUUAUAUUGAAAAAUUUCCUACAGUUUGAAAAAAAAAAUGUUGAGAUUGUACAUUUUCAGCUGACUUUUGGCAACUUUUCGAUACUUAUGUGGUUUCAACUUGUGUUUAGUAUAUUAUAAUACAUUUCAAUAUUUAGAAAAAACUAUAGUCACCGUCACUGUAGUACCGUACAAAAACUUUGUAAGUGUGCGUAUAUGAAGACGCGUUAUUUAAUAAUAAUAAUUAACUGUAAUAAUAAAGUGAUAAAAUAUAUGUCAACACAUAAAUCGUAAGGUCAUAAGGUCGUUAUAGCAACAAUUUAUAAACAAAAAUUUCCAUCAUAAAUCCCUGUUGGAACAACCCUUUAAAAUGCGAAUUUUGAGAAAUCCUUUCUUGGUGCGUCUCUACUUUGCUUAAGAAACCUCUGUACAAAAUUUCAAGUCUCUAGACCCAACGGUUUGGUCUGGGCGUUAAUGAAUCACCCUAGACAAGUCAUUUUAUACAUAAAGAUUUACGUGUAAUCGAAAAAUAGAAAAAUAAUUUUAAAUUGAUGGAUUAUUAUUAUACCAACUGUGAAAAGUUAAGUAUUUCAUCUACCAAUAAUGAAAAUCGUUGAUUAAAAAAUAAGCUAACUACCUACUUAAUUUAAAAAGUUAAAAAAGAAUUAACUUUUUAACUAGUUAAUGCCCACUUUGGAGAAAUUGUUAUUUUAUUAAGUUUAGCGCACGAACUAAGAUAUAGGUAAAUAUCUAUACAUAUAACUAUACCUACUAAUAUAAUAUUAAGCUGAUGAGUUUGUUGGUUUGUUUGAACGCGCUAAUCUCAGGAACUACCGGUUCGAAUUAAUUUUUUUUUUUGUGUUGGAUAGUCCAUUUGUCGAUGAAGGCUUUAAGCUCUAUAACAUAACGCUGCGACCAAUAGGAGCGAAGCAUCAGUGAAAAAUUAUAAAUAUGUAUUUUAUAGAUAGAUAUAGAUAUAUCAUGUAUAUCUUAGUUCGUGGUUUAGCGUUUAAAAUUAAACUGAAUAUUAUUAUAUUAUUAAUUAAUUAUCACAAAACAGUAUAAUAACAGUUGAAAUUGUAUACCUAUUAUUUAUUUUCAUUCAUCAUAGUCAAGUUAAAUACUUAUAUCGUAGAACAUAGUUUAUUCGUUUAACAUUAUAAUGUUUUGAAAUUGUUUUCUCAUUUCUUACUUCUGUUUAGUUUUUAUAAAUGAUACUGAACAAAAUGUAAAUGAGUACUUCUUUGAUAAGAUAGUCGGUCAUUUUACAGGAGUGUUUAAAUCACAGAUUUCUAUAUGGAACUAGAUAACGAAUUCCCGCUAUUAAUUGAAGUUUUCUUUUUAAGAUUAAAAUCAUUGCAAUUGCAUAUUAAAUUUUGAAAAAUAUGAUUCUUCUAAAAUAAUAUUUUGUACCUUAUGGACAAUUUUUUUGUCUUUCUAGUGAAUAUUUAGUUGAAAAGUUAUUAUUACAAAUAUUAUAAGAAAAAUCCAUUUGAAAAAAGACAUAAAUCAAAUAAAUACAAAAUUUUAAAUCACCACGUUAUCAUUGUUAUCUAGUAAGGUAUGCGCUCGAUACCAUAUUGCGCGUGCGCUCCAUGAGCGGUGAAAUCCUGUAUUAAACACUCCUCAUUUUUUUACCCUUCUUGAAUAUUUUAUGCUACGGGUGCAGGAAGUCGACUAUUUAGUAAGUUGUAUUAUAUAUCUGUGGUAGUUACAUAUUUUAUUGUUCAUUUAAAUUGACCGGAACAGUUAUGAACCACUGAAUUAUGUUUAAAGAGUCAUUGUAAUUUUAAGUAAUCGUGUAUGGGUAUGGAAGAAAUUGUCUAAACACAUUAUUCACUGAUAUUUUGAUUCCCUCUUUUUGGAUACACUGUUAUUCCUAACCACCAACGACACAGCUAGCCUGUGCACUACUUAUUCAAACAACAUUUAUCUGUAUUCUUUCUUUUUGUCUUUUUUAGCUGAACUAACAGCAAUUUUGCCACUUCAUAAAAGAGGAUUGAGUUUAUUAAUAAAUAUAUAAAUCAAUAUUGCUGCUGACAUUUCGGAAUGAAGAACAUCUAUGGCGUACUUCUUUUGCUAUAUAUCACUCUCGCUUAUUCGCAAAAAAUGCCAUUUAUAUCACAUACUACACGUCAAUUUGUAAGAGAUAUUGGGAGUGAAGUGGAUUUGGAUUGUUCAACCAAACAUUCCCGAGAAUUCAAUGUUUUAUGGAUUAAGGUUAUAAAAAAUCAAACAGAUGAAUCAAUUGUACUUUCGUCUGGAAGUACACUUAUUGUCAAAGAUCCAAGAGUUUCAUUGGUAACAGAAAUAAAGCAAGAUAGCAGUCGAUACAUAAUACAUAUUAAUAAUAUUCAGGAAGACGAUGCCAGUACCUAUCGCUGUGAUCUGAUAACUGGGUUUAAUAACAAAAUAUCUGCUUACACUGAGUUAUUGGUACGUGGACCACCAUUUAUUUAUGAUAAUUCCACCAAAUCAUUAGUUGUAGAAGAAGGUCAAUCAGUGCAACUUGCAUGUUUUGCUGGUGGAUAUCCUACUCCACGUAUUUUCUGGAGGAAACCUAACAAUGCAAUUUUAACUAUAGGUAACAUUUUGAAAAUUUCUGCUAUAAAAAAAGAAGAUCAUGGAAACUACUACUGUAUAGCUGAAAAUGGUGUUGGCAAAGGUACCAAACGUAAAAUUUCCAUAGAUGUAGAAUUUGCUCCAGUAGUAACUGCUUUACAAACUAUAGUGGGACAAGCUGUAAAUUAUGACGUAUAUCUUGAAUGUCAUGUUGAGUCGAAUCCUCCACCAGCCAUCAUUUGGAUAUUUGAUGGCGUACAAUUAACCAAUAAUGAAAAUUACUUAAUAUCAGAUUUGACUACUGCUGACGACAAAAUUGACAGUAGUUUACAAAUUAUAAAAAUUAAAAAUUAUCUUUAUGGUGAUUAUAUUUGCAAAGCAGCAAAUAUUUUAGGAACUGCUGAAAUAACAAUUACUGUUUUUGAAACGGUAUUACCACAGUGCCCUCCUGUUUGUUAAGAUUAAUCGACCACGCAAGCUGCUGUUUUAUUCUAGUAGUAGCUAUUUUCCAUUUUUAUAUUUAUACACAUUUAAUUAUUAUUUUUCUACCCAAAAACAAUGUAUUAAAGAUGAAAUAAUAUAAUUCUAAAAUAACAUAA